AUGCAUUCAAACUCUGCAGAACGUGUCCGUCUUCACAGGCAGAGAAUUAAAGUUAAACGAGUUCUUUCGAAAAUAUUCGACAAGGAAUUUAAACGAAAGAAAAAUCAAUCACAAGCCAAAUGGCGUCAGAAGAAGAAACAAGAGCAACAACAACUACGAGUAAUACCACCACCUCCAUCAGCAAUAACAAACAAAACAAUGUUACGGAAAAAAGAAGGUCAACAACGAAGACGUAUAAAUACUUCAAAAUUGAAAAAUGAAAAUGAAAGUUUACGUCGAACUGUCCGUCAAUUGACACUUGAGAAUGAAAAGUUGAAAGCUCAGUGUCCUCAAACACCACCUCGUCCAUCUCCAGCCAAAUUACUACUUAAAAAUGUCAGUCCUUCGGCAACAAUUCGUGCAGUCAUGCGUCUAAAAGAUCAAAAAGAUAAUUUAUCUCGUGGUUCAAAUUCACAAUUUAGAAAACAGUUAGGAAUUAAUUUAUCAGUUCAAAAUCAACCGAAAAAUAUCGGACCAUCAAAAUUAGAAUCGGACAUCGAGCAGUUUUUUUGUCAAGAUAAUGUGUCGAAAUUGUGUCCAGACAAAAAAAAGUAA